AAAUGUAAAUUCUGUUAACAUCUUAAAAAAUGUAAAUCAUAGAAAAAACAUCAUACCCACAAUGGCUUGCGAGGUGUGCCAACAUUGCCAGGAAGCCUUAUCUCCAGCGGAGGACUACGCUAUUCAAGAUGGAUUUAGUUACCAUAACAAAUGUCACAAAUGCUAUGUAUGCAGUGAGACGAAUCUAAUAAACGCGGAGUUGUUCAAAGGGGUCAUAUUUUGUUCAAGUUGCUCAAAGCGGAUCUUCCAGGGUUGCGCUACGGCACGCCGGACGAAGAGCGGGGGCAGAGGAAAGUCCAGAACGAGAAGUAAAAGACGAGAGAGGGUUAGAGUACAGGAUAGGUAUAUAGAACAAACGAGAGGUCGCCCCACGAAUAAAGUUCUAGAGCUAGCCAGAUUAACAGCCUCGACUGACAUCGACAGCAAAAGUAACUCGCAACACGAAACACAUAAUGAACCGUUGAAAUUAAGCAACACACCAGCAAUAACCACAGAUUUUGCAUUACAAGUGGACAAUCACCUACAUGAGCAUGUACAGAAUUGGACAAGUUUCAAGAAACACAGUACAGAAAUCGGACUUACGACAGACGUGACACAAGAGUUAUUGAAGCAAAUGAAAUGUCCCAUCGUCGAAGAAUUUAAAUAUACUGUAAAGCCACCACCAAACAAAACAGAGAUAAAAUACAAGGCACACAAACCCAAUAAAAAAGACUGCAGUGACUUAAGAAUAGCAGAGCUGGGAGCUUCAACAGAAAUUGCUCAUAUGACUUUGAGGAAGCAGUCCGAAAUACCGGUCCUCAUAAAAUCAGAGUCACCAUCGCAGCAUACAAAGUGCUUAAAACUGCCAGAGUUCAAUCAAAAAUCAGACAUGUCCGGAGAUGUGAGCACUGACUGGCCGCAGUCUACUUAUUCAGUACAAUCAGCAAUAAGCAAUAAGAUACAUUGUCUAGACAGACGGAUAGCGAGCAUCUUGAAAAUACCAUAUAGGAGUUUUAAAAGAAACAUAUUGAAUCGUAGUUCCCUAAUCACUAUAUUAAUGAGCCAUAGAGACGAGGAACACGUUUUAGUACACCAUCUUAAAAUGUUAUUCAAUGAAGAAGUAGCGGAACACCAACGUCGUGGAUUAAGAAGAUUAUACUCUACAAUAAACAGACGGAAAACACCAUUCAAAUUGGGAUGGUUAAAUUUGAUGGCAAAAGCGGCAAUAACGGGACCUAGCCACUGCGUACAUGCCAAAAGGGACGGACGAAUGGAUGGACAUAGGUGUCAUCAUUUUCGAAAAUCUCACAGCUACCGUUGCAUGCGAUCCCAAGUCAUGCGUCUUGCUGGGCCCACUAAAAGCGAAUUAGCGGUGUUCCGGAUGAGGAUCAAGAAAUUACUGAAACCAAAAUUUUUAAAAUGCUAUUAUUAGUCCUAAAAAACAUGCAAUUAUGACAUCCCAAGCCUGUGGUAGCGAAUUACAUAAAUGAAAUAUACAUAAUCUAUUAAAAUAAAUCUAGUAAAAUAUUCAAAAUAUGUACAAAAAUAAACUAAAUA